AUGUGCACGAAAUCGCGCGCAGAGGCCCGGGAACCCUUCUGGAGGGACAUUGCACGGAUAGACAGGCUGAUUUACGCGCACGAAAAAAAAUUACAAUCAUGCAACUGUAAAAAAAGGAAAUGCUACAGGCUGCUGUCGCUCUGGGCCGACUAUGACAAAUGGUUGAGUGAGACGUGCGAAAGGUAUGCGUGGAAGGUGCGGGCGUUGCGAAUGGUGGGGACGGGUUCCAGGGGGAGUGCCACGUGCGCAGAUGAGGAGUGGAGUAGCCGCAUAGGGGACUGCCCCCCGAGUGGAACCCCAUGUGCGGCGUCGAAAGAUUGUGGCCACUUAGCCAAGUGGAGCUCCGUCCAUGCCACGGCAGGGGAACGGCUGCGUAAAAGGAGAAAGAAAAGAAGACCGCGGGGUGGGAAGAUAGCAGGUGGGAAGCUGACGAGCAAAACAAAAGGUCAGGGGAAACCCCAACUAAACUGCGCAAACAGAAGGGGUGAUCCACCUAGAGGCGGUAAUGAAAAGGUGCAGGAGGAUGCGGAGGGGGGAGAAAUAAAGGGGGGGCAUUCCCUCGGAGGGGUGGAGCGGCCACAGGGAGAGGAGAACGGGGACGAAGCGGCUGAAGAAGACCUUGGCGAAGCGGCGGAAGAAGUGCACGAGAAUGAAGGCCAACUCCCAGGGGUGGCGAACCCAACGUGCGAGGACACUGGGGGGAGGGAAGCAGACGGUUCGGAGGGGACUCAGCCAAAUGGACGAAGUAGAGUCGCCGAAAGGGAAGGCUCCCCUGAAGCAGUAGAGGAAUGGAAAGUAUCUUCAUGUGAUGAGAAAGAGAAGGAGGAAGAGACAGGACGUGGUCAGACGGUGCACAACUCCGUGGGUGAGAAAAGUGAAAACAGCUUGGAAACGGUGCCAAGUGGCAGUGGGGGAUGUCCCCAUAAAAUGGGGGGAGAAGCGGAGGAGGAGAAGGAGGAGGAGGAGAAGAAGGAGAAGACAGAUAAGCAACAUAACGAACUGGAGUUCUCUGAGGUGCAGGUGAGGGCAGUUACACUGGAAGAAGGAGACGCAAAAACGGGGGGAAAGCAGGCAGCAAAGGAGAAAAGAGCGCGCGGAGGGGAGAAAAAGGCGAAGGGUAAAAAGAGGGGGGGUAAGAAGGAGAAGAGGGCGCGAAAGGGGGAGGGGAAAAAGGCUAAGGGGAAGGAGAAAAUGAUGGAGGAGGGGGAGGAGGGAGAAAAAGCAACGGAGACAGCGGUGGAGGAAGGAAAAGAGACAGCCGUGGAGGAAGCAACGGAGGAGAAAAUGGAGGAAGUAAGGGAAGUUAAGGUGGAAGAAGGAAAAGAAGAGAAAAUGGAAGGCAUAAAGGAGGCAGCGGUGAAAGAAGAAAAAGAAGAGAAAAUGGGAGGCGAAAAGGAGCAGAUGGAGGAGGAAGUUGAGGAGGUGAAGAUGGAGAAAGCAAUGGAGGUGAAGGUGGAGGAAGCAACGGAGGAGGAGAUGGAAGAAGAAAAAGAAGAGAAACUGGAAGGAGAAAAGGAGCAGAGGGCGGAGGAAGCAACGGAGGAGAAGGUGGAGGAAGAAACGGAAGGGAAGACUAAAGAUGAACGAAAUGAGAAGUUGGGCGUGGAAAAAGAGGCGAUGGUGCAGAAAGGAGGGGAUAUGUAUACGGAGGGGGGGGGGUCGACUACGAUGGAGGGAGAGAAGCAGGUGACGGUGGAGGGAGAGAAGCAGGUGACGGUGGAGGGAGAGCAGCAGGUGACGGUGGAGGGAGAGCAGCAGGUGACGGUGGAGGGAGAGCAGCAGAUGAAGGUGGAGGGAGAGAAGCCGACGAAUGUGGAGAGUGAGAAACCUACUACGAUGGAGGAAGACUCUUCGAUCGGGGAAGGGACGGAGGAAAAGAUCGAAGAUGAGGGAGAGGCGAAGGCGGACGUGGAAAGGGAGCAGAACAGUGGCGGUGAAAAGGAGGCAAAACCGGGCGCCGCACAAAGAAGCGACCAUGAGGACGAGCCGGGGAAGACGGCGGGGAACGAAAUCGUCCACCAUAUUCUCAGCGAGUACUCCAACACAAUUCAGUACACGAGUUUUCUCGACUACAUAAAAAAUAAGGAGACCGAGUAG